ACGACAAUUGUGACAAACCAGAAGAGUGAACUGCUGGCUACAGAGUUCUUUGGAAAGUCAGGUGAUGUUUUCCACCUGAACGCAAACAAAAAACGAAAUGACCUGAGGUACGACAACUUGAUGACUGCCCUACACGCCAGCUGAAGGAUUUGACAAUAACUCACGAUGCGACAAACAAUAACACAUUUUCAACAGUUUUCCUUCUCAGCGCUAGCUACUUAGCUAAGCUAACUUAGCCAGACGCUAACGAAGCCAGUUUGUCAGCUUUCACUCUGGGUAACUUGUUUUGAGUGCGACCAGAAUUCGAUGUGACAUCCUGGAAUUUCCGACCUUAAGCACCCUGGGUGCCGUUUGUAAACGCUGACUCAUAGCUGGGCUUCCUUAGUUUAAACACACAAUGUGGCUACAGCAAAGACUGAAGGGGCUACCAGGCUUGUUAUCGAGCAGCUGGGCGAGAAGAUUGCUCAUAGGACUGCUGCUCUUCAUCAUUUUCUACUGGUAUCUGGGAGCAGAGCGCAGAUGGAGCUUCUUCAGCGGCUCGACCAUGCCCGGUGGGGCUGCUGGACAGUGCCUACUGACUGAAAUCCACAGGUGGAAGUCUUUCGUAGAACGAGGAGAGGGGAUAUACAGCGCACCUCAGGAACAAUUAGAUACACCUUUUGUAUCAGGUAACGGCCAUAUUCUUAUUGACAUUGACUCCAACAAACUGUGGGUAGCGUCGUCGGCCCAGCCCGGCUCGGCUCCGGUCCACCAGACUGAAUACUCACCGAGAGUCGGUGUCCACCUGGAGGGGAAACGUGCUGAGGCUCAGGCUACCAUGCUGUGGUUCCGGAAAGGAUCCGUGUUGUCGGUCCGCUGUGCCACACCAGCCGCUCUGCAGUCACCCCGGGACUGUGUCACCAUCAGAGAGGAGUUUAUCGCGCAUAGAAGUAGACCUAACGUGUAUCUCCAACGAAUCCACAUCAACAACCCGUCUGAUAGGGCCGCCUCCUUGGAAGUUUCGUCUGACAACCCCUCCUUUGGUAGCAAGUUCUCCAGCAGUGUGGAGAAAGUGGAGGACAGAGACAUAGUGCUCUCCUCUGGCAGAGUGCCUGUGGAGAAUAACCACAUGGUGCUGGUGGUGGUGGUCACCAAGAAGCUCAUCGGCAGGAUCCAGGUCUCUGCCAAAUCAGAUUACAAAGACAACAUCCUGUCAGUGGUGUGGACCUCAGAGCCCAUCGAGCCCUCCAAGCUGGAGGAGACCUUCAGCACCCUCAGAGAUGGAGCCAAAAAGGAGCUGGGGGAGCUGCUCAGGGCCAGUGUGGAGGACCUAGUGGAGGAUCACCAGCAGGCCUGGAUGGACCUCUUUAUUUCAGGUGUUGAAAUGAGGAAGAUCACAGACUCCCACACACCAUCGAGUCGCACAGUGAACACCACCCUCUACUACAUCCUGUCCUCCUUUGUGGCUCCCCUGCUGGAUCGAAGAUUGAGUGGCGAGGAGCGCGCCCAUCUCGAGUCCAGCCUCAACUAUGCCGACCACUGCUUCAGCGGCCACGCCACCAUGCACGCAGAGAACCUGUGGCCCGAGAGGGUGAGCAGUACCGCUCAGAUCCUGCAGCUAGUCACGCUGUGGACUCUGACUCUGCAGAAGAGAGGCUGCAAAGUGCUGGUGGCGGCCGGAGCCCACGGAGCCAUGCAGGGCAUGGUGCUCAGCUUCGGCGGCCUUCAGUUCACAGAGAACCACCUUCAGUUUCAGGCUGACCCGGACGUGCUGCACAAUAGCUAUGCCCUGAGAGGAAUUCACUACAACCAGGACCUUAUUAACCUGGCAGUGCUGCUUGAUGUGGAGGGGAAACCUUUUCUUCAUGUGUCGGUGAAGCCACAGGAGAAACCGGUGAAGCUGUAUGCCUGCGAGGCUGGCUGCCUCAACGAGCCUGUGGAACUGACAUCAGAGAUCAAAGGUCACACCUUCCCUGUGAUGGUGACACAGCCCAUCACACCACUCCUGUACAUCUCCACAGACCUGCGCCACCUGCAGGAUCUCCGUCACACCCUGCACCUCAAGGCCAUCCUGGCCCAUGAGGAGCACAUGGCCAACAGGUACCCAGGCCUGCCCUUCCUCUUCUGGUUCAGCGUGGCCUCGCUCAUAACACUCUUCCACCUAUUCCUCUUCAAACUCAUAUACAACGAGUACUGUGGCCCCGGCGCUAAGCCCCUCUUCAGGAGCAAGGUCACCCGCAAAAGUGAGGAUGGCUGCUGUGACACCAGGAAUGCUGCUUGAAAACUGCAAUGCUAUGCACACGUUCAACACGUCGUAGUGGCUCUGCUUGACCUUUGCCAACAAGGGUUAUAUUAAGAUGGGUGUGCUGGGGCUGAAUGACAUCCAGUUUUUUGGGGGGUUUAAAUCAAUUAGAUUAGCAGUGAUUAAGCGGAAGACAGAUGACAUGAUAAGGCAAGAGAAAGAAGCAACCAAAAAUAACAGUAUUUGGGUGUGUGGUGUGAGUCAAGUGGCAUCCAAGUGAAUGCCAGGACCAAAGGUUUCCCAGCAAAAUACUGCAUUGUAACGAGAUAAUGAAUGUUAUUCAUUUUACCUGUCAGUGGUUUGAUGUUGUGGUUGAUGGGUGUAUGUUGCCCCACAGUAUAUUCUAAAACAGUGGUGAAAGCCUGCCACACACAGAUGGAUGAUAAAUGAAACCCAACUAAGCACAGGUGAUCAUUUGAGGUGUGGUGACUAUGACCUCACUGACUUACUUACAUUAAUGAAGACUUGGCAUUCAUUAUAAGUUGACACUGAUGUCAUCAGUUUCUAUCUUCUGUCUGUCUGUAUCUUCAGCUCUGGAUGAUUUUAAGCUUUUCUUGCGGUGCGCCUGACACCAUUUUUGAUUUUUGAAGCUUUUUGUCUUUCCCUCCUCUUCUCUUACUUGUCAGCCCUAUGAUAUUAACUGUUAUCUAACAUUCUGCUGUUGUUUCACUCAUUGAUAAAUCUUCCAAGUACAAUCAGCCUUGUAACACAGUUCUCUGCCUGAGUGAACAGGGUAGAGAGUUUGGAAGCAGCUGCUGUAUCGGCUAAGGAUUUAGAGAAAAACUGGUUUAUAACAGCUUUGGUUUUAUCUCAAUACAUUUGGCUGUUGGUUUUAUUGGUUAUGAUAGCAUUGUACACACCAAAACAACCAAACAAAUGGUGAUGCUUGAUACUGGAUUUUUUGCUGAUAUCCAAUAUGCACCAACUUAUUUGACCGAUACCGAUAACAAUAUAUCAGCUUUAUUCCCAACCUAAUUUUAGUGAUUAUCAGGUCUCUUCUGUGGUGGAAUUAACAUCAUAUUAUACAUGCAUACUCUUAACGUGAUGACCCACCAGCAGAUUCUAAUUGUUCAUUUUAAAGCUAAUAAUGACUGAUACUGAUGAUGUGCUGAUAUUUUCAUGCAUCCCUAUAAACAGCCCACUUUUCUGUUCAAAUGUGACCUAUUGGAUCAGCUGUAGCUGUGUACACUUCCAAGUGUCCUGUGCAAUUUGUUACACUAGUGUGGAGUGUUCUCACUCUUGUUAUCUCCCCCCAAAAAGGAGAAAAAGGUUGUUAAUCUGCUUGUUUGUUUGAAACCAGUCUGACUGUGUGUUUCUUGCCAUGUUGGAACUGUUUUAAUGAUGUAGCAAUAGAACAAUUUUAUCAUAAUCUGUAGGGCCGAUGGCCACAGCUACAAAAAUAACCAAGUUGUUGAAAUCAUUAUUUCUUUAAAUGCUAAUUAAAACUGCUCUGAUCCUGGGCCCAGUUGUUUCAACAAAUCAAUCUGGAUCAGAAUGAUCAGGAUUUGGAAAUCCCAUGUUUUGCUAUUCAGGAUCAGCUAAUCCAUCUUACUUUUGUGCCGUUAACUUUCUUCAAAUCAAUCAUGGAUUGGACCACAAUGAUCCAGAUAUAAACUUGUCAGAAUGACCAAAUCUGCAUAACCAGUGCUUUAAGUGAGACUACAUAUCACAAUGUAUUCAGUCUGCCAACAAACACAUUGCCGUAGGCGCUGCCAAAGAGACCUGACACAGAGAUCUUUGAGAUUAUACCUUAAAAUAAUUUUUGUUUGAUAUUGGCAGCUAUUAAUAGGAUUAUUUUAUGGAGACAUUCAAUUUUUAUUUUUUUUAACUUCAUUGUACUUUGUUACUCAAUAUGUAGCAUUAUUAUUAUUAAUUUAUCAACCUUGUCACAGUGACUUAAACAAAUCAAGUGCAAAUUAUAAAUAAUUCCAUUCCAUUAUAUUGUGUUUCAAAAUAGUUUUGAUGUCCAUACUAACAGGGUGAAGCAGUUCUUGCCAGAGUGUCUUGAUUGGGAAUCAAAUAAAUGCAAAGAAAUUGACUUUAUGAUCUUGGAUUUCAGAUAAAUUUCUUUCAAAUCACUGCUGCACUGCUACAACAGUGUGGUCUGAAACCAUGACAACAUGCCAACCUGUGGACAUCCCUUAGACCCGAGUCUUCCGUGAUAUUGACUGGUCUGCAGUUAGCUGCCAUACUGUGUGAAUAUUUUAAUUCCAUUUGACACAAGGUGCACAUUACUUUUGACUUGUUAGCUGAGCCAUCUGGAAGUUUUUUUAAGUGAAAGGAGCCAUUCAUAAGUGCAGUGGUGUUGUUAUUUUCCAUCAGGAAGAAGGAAGCUACUGUGACGGCUUGAUUAAGGUGUCUUGAAGUGACAAAAUAGUAGCACGUGAUUAAUGCUAUUUAAAAAAAAGAAAGAAAAAAAAGAGCAUAAUUUAUGAUUAACGCAUCAAUGCUGACAGCCUUAAUAUGUAUUUCACCAAUUUAAAUGUUUUAUUACAUUUUGUUCAGGAAAUUCACCCCAAAUCCAGCCCUCUGCUGGGAUCAGGAUAAUCCUCAUUUUUUGGAUCAAAGGUAUCCCGAUCCUACUACAAAGUUUUCAACAACACAUUCUGAUUUCAGCUAGAUCUGAUCAGAUUUCAGAUAGGAUCAAAUCUUGGAAAUUGGUUGAUCAUUCUGAUCCAGAUUAAAUUUUUAACUGGGCCUUGGAGUUCAAACACAAACACCUUCUGUAAUGUCACUGGCUGGUGAGAGGCAGGAGUGCAACAUGCUUCAGAGUUUUAACCCAUAAGUAACCACAUGCCUGUUUGCCACAUGUAUGUGUUGUUUUUGUCUUGUUUUUUUUUUCUUACUGGUUGUUCCUCUUGGCUCUCAAAGUCUUAUUCUGACAGAUCAAGUCAAUUUGAUGAUGCAACAUAGUUCUAAGGCCUUGUAAAUAAUAAUAAUUCAAAAAUAAUGUGUUAACAGAAUAUUUAAAGAUGGUUAAGCUUUUUCAUUUUCUGUUUGUGAGUUUUAUCUUGUCUUUGUUUCAUGUGAACUACUGAGUGUGCCUUCAUGGAAAAAGAAGAUAAUGCAUUUAGCUCAUGGCUAUAGCCAUAAUCACAUAGAAUCGUACUUGAAUGGUUUGUGAUCAUAUAAAAUUGAAGUAAAACAAA